GCCGACCGCACCGCCGCGGCCGAGAUCAUGGAGGUGGACUCUCGAGAAGAUGCCGCUCUUAUGUCCGAGGCGGCGGCAGGGAUCACGAAGGGUGAACAAAGGGAAGAUGUCGGGACCACGAUGGCCUUGAAGCCUCCUUUGCCAGAGGUGGGGAACACGUCCGCAGGCAAAGAGCCCAUCAUAGCCAUCUCUGUCGAAAUGGGGGAUACAUCACAAGGUGGACAUGUGUCAUUCGACAAGCCGUCGGAUGCGGGCGCCACAUACGGGAGUCACCUCGCGACAGGUGCGGCAAUGGCAGGCAGAUCAGAGAUGGAGUCGGAGUCCGCUGUUGGAAUGAAUGUCACGGGAAUGUCGUUGCAUCCGCCCUCAUGCACUAGCAAAGGUGAUGCACACUGUGCAACAACACCACAAGGAGGGGCCGCAGGGGAUGACGAGGAUGGGGGGAAUGCAGAGGGGUCUCAACGUUCUCGCAAUAUUGAGGACAUGACCACGGACGAUGAGGAUGGGGCAGAAGGUGGAAAGGGCGUGAUCGAUCCAACACAUGUAGAAAAUGAGGGGUGAAACAGGGAAUGAACUCGAGGGAAAUCC